ACGGCUCUGGUGGUGUCGGGGUUUUUGCACCUCACUGGUUCUCCCCUGACUUGCGAUGUCUCGCCUGCUACUGCUCUGUUCUUCCCUCCUCCGCCAUCCUGUGGUCCUGGUCGCCAAGCCUCGCGGUCGCCUCGCCCACUCGGAGUGCUCACGCCUGGCAGUCGUCACCUCCCUGGAAACGCUUUUUGGACUUUCGGUGAUUUUUACUGCCUUUUUCAUCCCGGCUGCAUAUGUGCUAAGCCAUCUGAGCGAGUUUAAAGGAGAGUAG